AAGCGGUGGAGCCGGGUGCGCUCGCUGGGGCAGGUGCCCGGAGGCGGCAUGUGACGCGCCCUUGCAGCUGCCCGCGGGCGGAGCGCUCUCGAACCCGGGGAGCGCACACACCGGGGCGAGGGGGAGCCCGCUCGCUCCGGAUCGAAGCUGCCCUCCUAGGGUUCGCGCCUAGGAAAGGCGAGGACUGGAGCCCGGUGGCUCCCGGGCUUGGGCGCGUGGUGCCCGGACUCUAACUCCCCGAGCGCCAACUAGGAGGCGAGGAAGGAGUGAGUGCAACGGGCGGGCGAGCGAGCGGCGUGGGACGGCCACCUGGAGCGCAGCUGCCAGAUCUGAACAAUGAUGGCACAUACUGAGCUGAAGGAUUGUUCAGUGGACUGUGGAUUGGUCAAACUUUAUCCCUUCCCAUCAUGAUAUAUCCCAUCAAAGCUCUUCACUAAUCCUGUGUGGCUUGCUGAAGAAGUAUGGAAGUUUGAGAACACUUUUCAGAUUUAAUCUUUUCAAGAACUACUAUGUCAGAACGUCACAAUGACCUUGCACAAUAACAGUACAACCUCGCCUUUAUUUCCAAACAUCAACUCUUCCUGGAUACAAGGUUCCUCCGAUGCAGGACUGCCCCCAGGAACAGUCACUCAUUUUGGCAGCUACAACAUUUCUCAAGCAGCUGGGAAUCACUCCGUUGCAAAUGACACCAUCAGUGACCCUCUAGGAGGUCAUACCAUCUGGCAAGUCGUCUUUAUAGCAUUCUUAACAGGUGUCCUGGCAUUGGUGACCAUCAUUGGCAACAUCCUUGUGAUAGUGGCAUUUAAGGUCAACAAGCAGCUGAAGACAGUCAACAACUACUUCCUCCUAAGUCUGGCUUGUGCUGAUCUGAUUAUUGGGGUUAUAUCAAUGAAUCUGUUUACCACCUACAUCAUCAUGAACCGAUGGGCUUUGGGGAACUUGGCCUGUGACCUCUGGCUUGCCAUUGACUAUGUGGCCUCCAAUGCCUCAGUCAUGAACCUUCUGGUCAUUAGUUUUGAUAGGUACUUUUCCAUCACAAGGCCACUUACAUACAGGGCCAAACGAACAACUAAAAGAGCUGGUGUGAUGAUAGGACUUGCUUGGGUCAUCUCCUUUGUCUUGUGGGCUCCUGCCAUAUUGUUUUGGCAAUACUUUGUUGGAAAGAGGACUGUUCCUCCAGGGGAGUGUUUCAUUCAGUUUCUCUCUGAGCCCACCAUUACCUUUGGAACGGCCAUUGCUGCCUUUUAUAUGCCUGUCACCAUCAUGACUAUUUUAUACUGGAGGAUCUACAAGGAAACUGAAAAGCGUACCAAAGAGCUGGCUGGACUGCAAGCCUCUGGGACAGAAGCAGAGACAGAAAACUUUGUCCACCCAACAGGCAGUUCUCGAAGCUGCAGCAGCUAUGAGCUUCAGCAGCAAAGCAUGAAGCGCUCAAGCCGGAGGAAAUAUGGCCGCUGUCACUUCUGGUUCACAACCAAGAGCUGGAAAGCCAGUGCUGAACAGAUGGACCAAGACCACAGUAGCAGUGACAGCUGGAAUAACAAUGAUGCUGCUGCCUCCUUGGAAAACUCUGCCUCCUCUGAUGAGGAGGAUAUUGGCUCAGAGACAAGAGCCAUCUAUUCAAUUGUACUCAAGCUUCCAGGUCACAGCACCAUUCUAAACUCCACCAAAUUGCCCUCCUCAGAUAACCUGCAGGUGCCCGAUGAGGAACUAAGGACAGUGAAUUUGGAGAGGAAAGCCAGCAAACUGCAGGCCCAGAAGAGCAUGGAUGAAGGAGGCAGUUUUCAAAAAAGCUUCUCUAAGCUUCCCAUACAGUUAGAGUCAGCCGUGGACUCAACCAAGAGCUCUGAUGCCAACUCCUCAGUCGGUAAGACCACGGGCACUCUACCUCUGUCCUUCAAGGAAGCCACUCUGGCCAAGAGGUUUGCUCUGAAGACCAGAAGCCAGAUCACUAAACGAAAACGGAUGUCCCUCAUUAAGGAGAAGAAAGCUGCCCAGACACUCAGUGCCAUCUUGCUUGCCUUCAUCAUCACCUGGACCCCCUACAAUAUCAUGGUUCUGGUGAACACCUUUUGUGAGAGCUGCAUACCCAAAACCUAUUGGAAUCUGGGCUACUGGCUGUGCUACAUCAACAGCACCGUGAACCCUGUGUGCUAUGCCCUGUGCAACAAAACAUUUAGAACCACUUUCAAGAUGCUGCUGCUGUGCCAGUGUGACAAACGGAAGAGGCGCAAGCAGCAGUACCAGCAGAGACAGUCUGUCAUUUUUCACAAGCGUGUCCCUGAGCAGACCUUGUAGAGAGAGGCUUUAUCAAUAGCAGUGACCAAACGCACAUAUCAACCCACAAACCUUAGGAAGCAGUAAGGUGAGGGUGGGGGUGAUUUCUAGUGAUCAUAGAAACAGUUUUAUCACCCAGAUGUCAAAGAAGCUGCCUGUUUACUGAUCUUUUAAAUAAAUCCAUUUUAAUAUGAAAACUCAAAUGCAAUUCAGAAAACGAAAACUUAUUACUGAGUAUUUAAAAGUUCUGAAAUAGACUGUAAGUCUUUUUCUGAAAGAGGAAAAAAUUAUUUAAAAGCAAUUAUAUACCCAAGUUGAUCUGCAUAGUUCUGUUGAAUCCCAUGAGCUCUGGAAUUUCAAAUGAGCUUAACUAACUGGCUCAGUUGCCGUGUUUUUUCCAAGGAUCUCUAAAAUGUUAAUCUAGAUCCCACACGGAACAUGUCAGACUAGUGAAUCUGUGGCUCUGAAAUUAUAGCAUUUGUUGCAAAGCUGAACCUUCUUGUCCCAAAAGAGCUUCCUGUCUUCUCUUUGGUGUAUUGUUAAACUAUUUGUGGACUUGAUUCUUACGAAGUACUGUUUUGUGCAGUCCAAGUUUCAUACAAAUAAAACUAUAUAAGUAUAAAUAUAUAGAUAUAUAUGUGUGUGAGAGCCUCACACACAAACAUAUAGUGUAUAUAAUAUAAUGGGAGUCACUGAACUAGCGAGUUGUUCCUCCUUCAGUACUUUGGUACGUGAAGUUCUCUAGGAUCCCAAUACAACAUAAAAGUGAACUGAGUCCAGUUUAAUUUUUGGAAGGCAGGGGCUGUUUUACAAACCACCAUGGAGAGUAGGUUGUAAAGAGUAGCCAGACUAUCCCAGCUGGUCUGUGCAGAGCAAACAGCCUCCUGAGUCAGGUUGAGCACCACAGCUUGACUAGAUGCUGAAUGUAAGCAAUCUCCUUUGUUGAGUUCAACAAAGUUAAAUGAAAUAAGGAGCCCUCUGAACCAUGCGUGUUUGAAUUUGAUUGUGUCAAUCGGAAUGUUUCCAAACAAAAUUUCUGCUGUUGAAAAAUGCUUGCAAACUAAAUCAUAGUGUCAUGUUGAAUGUCAUAUAUAGCAAUGCAAAAGAGACUGAGGGGAGAUGAAGGAGAAUGCUGUAUUGGAUUUUAUAUUUCUUUGCUACCGGGCGCCUUCGAAAUGAUAAAGGGCUCACACCUAUGUUACUUGCUAUGGCCAGUGCUUUAUAGGGUGUCCGUGUGUGACUUCCCUCCAUAUUAGGUGAGGUUUAGGAAGUCUGUGUCCUCUGAAGAAAGCGAUACACUUUGAAAAGUGUGACUCUAAAUUGAAUUUCUUACAUUUCAAAAAAAAAAUUGUAUUCUUCGAAUUGACCCCAAAUACUACAAGUUUCUAUCUGGGGGAUGGAAGGGGUGCUGCUGUUCCUGUCAUCUUUGU